CAAUCACACAGAAUUCAAUAUGGCAGACACAGAUUUGACAGAUUGUGAUUAUAAGCAGUGAUAGGUUAUAUUGCGCAAAUUAUUAAAAAUGCCGAGCUGUUUUGUAAAAAAUUGUAAAAAUAGGACAAAUGUCCUUUUUAUAAAAAAUGUAAAAUUUUACUCGGUUCCUAAAGAUCCUGAAUUACGAAUAAAGUGGUUGGAGGCUUGCCAGAGGGAUAAAGACUGUAUGAUGAAAUGUGAAAGAGUAUGUGAAGUGCAUUUUUUAUCAAAUUGCUUUGAGGAACAAAUGACAAAAAGAAAAUUAAAACGUAAACUGAAGGCAGGAUCUAUACCAACAGAAUUACUUCAGUUGCCGAAGGAAAGGCAGAAAAGGAUCCAUACAAAUAACACUAACAAUGCAGGACCAGAGAAAUCAGUUCGUACCGCAAUACCAACGUAUGCUGAGCUUGUUGAAUGUGCAACCAAGGAAACUGAAAACGAGUCUAUUCCAGAAAAUACCACAUUCAAGAAGCUGUGGAAGAUGUAUCAAUGGAAAAUAUUGAUCUUACACACAAUGUACAAGAUGCUACAGAGAAAAGAAAGCCAGAGGAAGUGCUUUCAAAGCGUUUUAAAGCAUUAG